AUGCAGUACACGCAGCAGAUGGUUUCAAAUGCACGCCGGUUGCUGAAGUUCUUCUGGCGUGAACCCAGCGCUGAGGGUAGCGGAGGCAAGAAUAAGGGAAGAGAGAAAUUCAAACAAGCAGCAAGGAAUCUGCAGGGGAUACAGAGCAAUGCAGCGUUCAUAGAAAAAGAGGAUUUGGGGGAGAUUUGGAACUUGGGACUUGGGACAUUGGAGCUCAACGUUCGUUGGGAGGAGGUUGAGAUCUUUCUCAGCAAAGGAGGCUCAACAGAUGGCAAGCGUCGCUGUUUCAAGCAGGUCCUGGCGCAGAGAGACAAACCACUGCAGAUACUGGCAGCAGACAAACCAACGGACACACCACCAGACAGCGGGACGGCUGGCUCCCCAUAG